CUCUCUCUCUCUCUCUCUCUCUCUCUCUCUCCAACCCCAUCAAUCAAUCUCUGUUUCUCUGUCUAGAUUAUUCUAAUUAAUCCUCUGUUCUUCGUCAUCUUCUUGUUCUUGUUCAUCAUGGGAGAUCCUGCACGUAGUCCAGGAGGUACACAGAAUUUCCACAGCGUACUUGGAAUCCCGAAAAGCGCAUCCCUAUUAGAUAUUAGCAAAGCAUACAAAUCCCUUGUAAUGAGAUGGCAUCCCGAUAAGAAUUCAUCAAAUAAAGAUGAAGCUGAAGCCAAGUUCAGAGCCAUCAAUGAAGCCUACCGGGCUCUCAGUACCAAGAAGAGAGAAGAAGAGACCAACAAAUUCUCCGACGACCCAACCACCACGCCGGAAACCCCACCUUCCCAAACCAAACCCGUCGACGAGAGCUUCUUCUCCCGUUUCUCAAGAUCAUCCAGCCGGAGAAGCCACACGCCGACGCCGGCCCUCAAGAAAUCCCUCUCCCGAAACGCCAGCCGGAGAAGCACCACGCCGACGCCGGCCGACUUCCUGUCGAGAACCACGUCCACCAGCAGCAGCAGCGGCGCAGCCACCCCGACCAGCACUCCCAUGACGCCCAGGACGCCGACGACUCCGAGGACGCCGACGGCGGGAGGUGGCGGCGGCGGGGCUCCGCCGGCUCUGUUGUCGAAGGUGACGAGCCGGCGGAGCUCGACGCCGAUUAUUUACUCGCAGUCGAGAGCGGCGAGGAGGAAGCCGCCGCCGAUUGAGAAGAGGUUGGAGUGCACGUUGGAGGAGUUGUGCCAUGGGUGUGGGAAGAAGAUCAAGAUUACUAGAGAUGCUAUUUCUGAUUCUGGGAUGAUUGUUCAAGAAGAGGAGAUCCUAAAGAUAAAAAUAAAGCCAGGUUGGAAAAAAGGAACCAAAAUCACAUUUGAAGGAAAGGGUGAUGAAAGGCCAGGCACUCUCCCAGCAGACAUCAUCUUCAUCAUUGAUGAAAAGAGGCAUCCAAUUUUCAAGAGAGAAGGUGAUGACUUGGAGCUUGGAGUUGAAGUACCUCUAGUCCAGGCUUUAACUGGUUGUACCAUCUCUGUCCCCCUACUAGGAGGUGAGAAGAUGACACUGUCAUUUGAAGACAUCAUAUUUCCAGGCUACGAAAAGAUAAUCCCGGGUCAAGGCAUGCCGAUAUCCAAGGAAGGAGGGAGGAGAGGCGAUCUCCGGCUCAAGUUUCUUGUCGGUUUCCCUUCAGAGUUGAGCGAUGAGCAACUGUCUGAUGUCGUUAGUAUUCUAAACGAUUGUUGUUGACCUUCAAAAUCUUGUUUCGUUCUUCUUCUUCUUCUUUGUCGUCGUCUUCUUUUUCUGUAAGGCGUUUGUAUUGAUUGCCUGGUGAAAUUGCAAGUGUUUGUAGCUUUUUAGGCGGUCUGUUAGUCAGCUAUAGACAUGUGAAAAUGACAUGUACCAAUGUAUUCCAAGUUAUAGGAAUUCCUUGAAAUGGUGAUCACCCAAUCCCGCGAUAGAUUGGU